GUGCGAGACAGCGCGAUGCUCAUCCCCAAGGCGAACCGCGUGAAGAUCUACUCCUACCUCUUCCAAGAGGGAGUUCUUGUUGCUGCCGAUGACAAGAACGCUCGCGCUCACAUGGAGGUGUCGGACGUCCCCAACCUUCAGGUCAUGAAGCUCAUGGAGUCCUUGACUUCCCGCGGGUAUGUUCGCCACUCCUACACCUGGAAGCACCACUACUGGUUCUUGACCAACGAGGGCAUCCAGCAUCUCCGUGAAUACCUCAACCUUCCCGAGAUGAUCGUUCCCAACACACACAAGAAGCAGCAGACUCGCACAGCUUCCCGCCCUCUCGGAGGCGAGGAGCGUGGUCCUGGUGGAGGACGUUUUGGAUCUGGUCCUGGCGACCGCCCUGGAGGAUUUGGACGUGGUCGUGGUGGCGACAGAGAAGGAUAUCGCUCUGGGCCUGGCAAGGAGCCCUCUUCGUUUGGUGACCGCCCUUCCUUCGGGCGUGGACGUGAUGGUCCUCGCUUCGGCGGCCGUGGGGGAGCACCAACACCUCAAUAGUUAUACAUAGCGAAAUUUUUCUCAAAUUUGCUCUUAAAAGUUUGGCUGAUUCGAA